CGGGGGAGCGGAGCGGAGCAGCGCGGCGGAGCGGGCGGCUCUGGGGCCGACAGGAUGCUGGAGAUCCAGCUGGACGAUGGCGGCGUGGGGGGGUACCCGGGCGACGAUUACUGCUCGGGGUCGGUGAUGUCGGAGCGGGUCUCGGGCCUCGCCAACAGCAUCUACCGUGAGUUCGAGCGGCUGAUCCACUGCUAUGACGAGGAGGUGGUGAAGGAGUUGAUGCCGCUAGUGGUGACAGUGCUGGAGAACCUGGACUCGGUGCUCACCGACAACCAGGAGCACGAGGUGGAGCUGGAGCUGCUGCGGGAGGACAACGAGCAGCUCCUCACGCAGUACGAGCGGGAGAAGGCGCUGCGCAAGCAGGCCGAGGAGAAGUUUAUAGAGUUUGAAGAUGCACUGGAACAGGAGAAGAAAGAAUUACAAAUCCAAGUGGAACACCUUGAAUUUCAGACUCGACAGCUGGAGCUGAAGACCAAAAACUAUGCAGAUCAGAUUUCACGACUGGAGGAACGUGAAUCAGAAAUGAAGAAAGAGUAUAAUGCUCUACAUCAGCGUCAUACAGAGAUGAUCCAGACCUAUGUAGAACACAUUGAGCGAUCCAAAAUGCAGCAGGUUGGGGGAAAUAAUCAAACAGAGGGUAGUCUGCCUGGGAGAAGUCAUCGCCAGUCAUGGAGGAAAAGCAGGAAGGAACGUCCUAACUCUUUGAAUGUCUUCCCCCUCGCGGAUGGCAUGGUACGUGGGCAGAUAGGGACCAAGAUCAUCCCAACACUGGACCACUGGCACCUGAGUGACCUCGGCCAGCUGCAGUCCAACUCCAGCUACAAGUGUCCCCAGGAUGAAAUGUCUGAAUCUGGACAGUCCUCAGCAGCUGCCACACCGAGCACCACUGGAACCAAGUCCAACACUCCCACGUCAUCUGUGCCAUCUGCUGCUGUCACACCCUUAAAUGAGAGCAUCCAGCCCAUCGAUGAGUACAGCAGCACAGGCAAGAGCAAUAAGAGGGCACGAGAAAAGAGGAACAGCCGGAACAUGGAAGUCCAGGUCACACAGGAGAUGAGGAAUGUCAGCAUAGGAAUGGGCAGCAGUGAUGAAUGGUCUGAUGUUCAGGACAUCAUCGACUCUACUCCAGAGCUGGAUAUGUGUCAAGACCCCCGCCUGGAACGCACUGGUAACAGCCCAACACAGGGGAUUGUGAACAAGGCAUUUGGCAUCAACACGGACUCUCUGUAUCAUGAACUCUCCACAGCAGGGUCUGAGGUUAUUGGAGAUGUUGAUGAAGGAGCAGAUCUGCUAGGGGAGUUCUCAGUACGGGAUGAUUUCUUUGGAAUGGGCAAAGAAGUGGGGAAUCUCCUGCUGGAGAACUCGCAGCUACUGGAGACCAAAAAUGCUUUGAAUGUUGUGAAGAAUGAUUUGAUUGCCAAGGUGGACCAGCUGUCUGGAGAGCAGGAAGUGCUGAAGGGAGAGCUUGAAGCAACAAAGCAGGCCAAAGCCAAAAUGGAAACCAGAGUCAAGGAGCUAGAGGAGGAGCUGAAAAGAGUGAAAUCUGAAGCGAUUGUUGCCCGACGAGAACCCAAAGAGGAGGUGGAGGAUGUAAGCAGCUAUCUCUGUACAGAAUUGCAGUGCUCCUCCCCCCUGCAGGACAACAUCCCCAUAGCUCAGCGCCGCCGCUUCACCCGCGUGGAAAUGGCCCGGGUUCUGAUGGAGCGCAAUCAGUACAAGGAGAGGCUGAUGGAGCUCCAGGAGGCUGUCAGGUGGACAGAGAUGAUCAGAGCUUCCCGUGAGCACCCAUCUGUCCAGGAAAAGAAGAAAUCCACCAUUUGGCAGUUCUUCAGCCGUCUGUUCAGUUCUUCCUCGAGUCCUCCACCAGCAAAGAGGACCUACCCAUCUGUCAACAUCCACUACAAGUCUCCAACAACAGCAGGGUUCAGCCAGCGUCGCAGUCACACCAUGUGCCAGAUCUCCUCCGGAAGCCGAACCCUGGAGUUCUUCCCUGAAGAUGACUGUACCUCCUCAGUGCGCCGCGAGCAGAAGCGGGAGCAGUAUCGCCAGGUCCGGGAGCAUGUGCGGAAUGAUGACGGGCGCCUGCAGGCCUGUGGCUGGAGCCUCCCUGCCAAGUACAAGCAGCUGAGUCCCAACGGUGGUCAGGAGGACAACCGCAUGAAGAACGUCCCCGUGCCUGUCUAUUGUCGCCCACUAGUAGAGAAGGACCCAACCAUGAAGCUGUGGUGUGCUGCUGGAGUCAAUCUCACUGGAUGGAGACCUUUGGAGCAGGAGCCUGGGAACGGGCAGAAACUGGAUCCUGGACGUGAUCCCCUCACCUGUGAUAGGGAUGUUGAAGGCGAGAACAACAAGAGUAACCAUACAUCUCCUGAGAAGAAAAAGGCCAAGGAGCUCCAUGAAAUGGAUGCCACGUCCAGUCGUGUCUGGAUCCUCACUAGUACACUAUCAACAAGUAAAGUAGUAAUUAUUGAUGCCAAUCAGCCUGGCACAGUGGUCGACCAGUUCACUGUCUGCAAUGCUCAUGUGCUCUGCAUUUCCAGCAUCCCUGCGGCCAGUGAGAGUGAUUAUCCUCCAGGGGAGAUCUUUUUGGAGGGAGAUGUGAAUCCUGAAGAGUCAUCUGGAACAGAUGGUGUCUUGGCAGGAAUCACUCUGGUGGGCUGUGCAACCCGCUGCAAUGUGCCACGGAGCAACUGUUCCUCACGUGGUGACACACCUGUGCUGGACAAGGGACAGAGUGAAGUGGCUGCUGUCUGCAAUGGGAAAAUCAACCAGUCCCAGUCUACUGAGGAGGCAACAGAAGCUACAGAGGUACCAGAAACUGGUCCAAGUGAGGCAGAACCUGCUGAUGCCCGGCCUGGGCCCCUCACAGAGCACGUCUUUACAGAUCCAGUCCCUGCACAGGCACCUCUGAGGCAGAACGGGGAGCAUGGGCAGCUGAAGAUGGAGUCAAGCACAGCACCGCCAGAUCAGGAACUGCAUGGGGAUGCUGCUGGGACUUGCACCAGUGCUGCCCCCACUAUGUGGCUGGGAGCGCAGAAUGGCUGGCUUUAUGUGCACUCGGCUGUAUCCAACUGGAAGAAGUGUCUGCACUCAAUAAAGCUGAAGGACUCUGUCCUGAGUCUAGUGCAUGUGAAAGGGAGAGUCCUUGUUGCUCUGGCAGAUGGAACAUUAGCCAUAUUCCAUCGGGGAGAAGAUGGUCAGUGGGAUCUCAGUAAUUACCACCUAAUGGACCUUGGGCACACUCACCAUUCCAUCCGCUGCAUGGCUGUUGUGUAUGAUAGAGUCUGGUGUGGCUACAAGAACAAAAUCCAUGUUAUCCAGCCUAAGACAAUGCAGAUUGAGAAAUCCUUUGAUGCCCACCCUCGGCGGGAGAGUCAGGUGCGACAGCUGGCAUGGAUUGGAGAUGGAGUGUGGGUUUCCAUCCGCCUGGACUCCACUCUGAGGCUCUACCAUGCCCACAGCCACCAACAUCUGCAAGAUGUCGACAUUGAGCCUUACGUCAGCAAGAUGCUAGGCACUGGAAAGCUGGGCUUCUCCUUUGUGAGGAUUACAGCUCUGCUCAUUGCUGGCAACCGCCUUUGGGUAGGGACAGGGAACGGUGUCGUCAUCUCCAUUCCAUUGACUGAGACUGUAGUCCUCCACCGAGGCCAACUCCUUGGGCUCCGGGCCAACAAGACCUCACCAACCUCUGGAGAGGGCAGCCGCUCUGGCGGGGUCAUCCAUGUGUACGGCGAUGACAACAGCGACAAAUCUGCCAGCAGUUUCAUUCCCUACUGCUCCAUGGCUCAGGCACAGCUCUGUUUCCAUGGCCAUCGUGAUGCUGUCAAGUUCUUUGUCUCUGUGCCUGGCAAUGUCCUAGCAACCCUGAAUGGGAGUGUGUUGGACAGCCCUUCGGAGAACCCCAGCACAGCAGCCACAGAGACUGAGGGGCAGAAGCUGAAGAAUGUCCUGGUGCUGAGCGGGGGAGAAGGGUACAUCGAUUUCCGGAUCGGGGAUGGAGAAGAUGAUGAGACAGAGGAGAAUGCAGGAGAUGCCACCCAGGUGAAGCCAGUACUUUCCAAGGCUGAAAGGAGCCACAUUAUUGUGUGGCAGGUAUCAUACAUCCCUGAGUGAGGAUUUCUCCUUUCCCACCACUCUUAAGUGUCCCUCCUCCCGCCUGAACGCCAAGAUGUACAUACAGAACGCCUGCAUUAAACCUGCUGCUGGAAACCGACCCCAGGCAACUGCAACAGCUCCUGCCUCGGACUGUCACCCCCUCCUAACCUCUGAACUUGCAGCUUUCAUCUCGGGCCCAUGCGCUUUCUGCGUGGUUGGAUCAUUGUUCUGCUCUUGAGCUGGCAUCUACAAGGAGAAGAAUGGCAGCACAUUGACAAAGUGAAGCUUGGAGCUAGAACUGUGCAAAGCCUUUGCCCAGUGCUUGGAAGCUGGCAGCUGGCUGCGUGGUGGCUCAGGUUCUCCAGCAGGUUGCCUCACUCUUACCUGCAUGAGAAGUACGUUCCCCUGGUGUCCCCCACCAAAGCAGUGAUGGUGAACCACAACUUCUGCAGCACCCUAGCAGAAAUCCUUUCUAGUUCACCAGUGGACUCUCCACCUUAUCCACCCUUAAGCACAGAAUAAUGUCCUACAGACUGAGAGCAGACAGGUCCAAGGAACCCUCAAAAAAAAAAAAAAAAAGUCAGGUGUUGGGCAGCACUUCUGCUGUUUGGCUGGAGAAGGCAGCAGCGCCAUUACUAUGGGGAACACAUCCUCCAUACUUGGAGAUGGAAAGUCUCCCUUCUCUGCUGCUGUUGUCUCUGCAGUUGUGUGCUGGGUGAUUGUGUGUCCAGAGAGGAUUGUUUGGUAACCUCAGUUGGAAGAUGGGUGUUCGAUCAUGGAGGCCACAGGGCCUUUGGAAACUGGUAGCAAAAAGGUACUGGAACCUUAACUUUUUGAGAGCAGAAAAGGCAGGAAUAUGUUUUAACUCCUCCUUCCAAAAAUACCAUGCAGUAAAGAACUCUAGUUCAUUCUGAAAGGGUCAGGAGAAACCUGUCUCUACAUAGCAUUUGCUGGCUUUUAAAAUACAGGUGAGGGCAGAUGAAGCUCGUCUGCUGUGAAUUCUGCAUUAACACCUUCAGAUUACCAUGACUCAUAAGGCUGUCCCCCUAUCCUGGGAGCUGCUGGAAGGAGAUGGCUGUUUUUCUUCACACUGUGGUUGUCAUUUAGGAAAGGCUGGGUAGGUGCAGUCAAGGUUUGGAGAAGCUGUCUCUUGCCUCAGGAGAGGAAUCCCAACCUCUGCUCUGACUUGGUGAGCACUGACUUUGUCCUAAGUAGAAAAAGCUGGAAAUUUCUGACUCCUGAAAAGAAUUUACAACCCCUAAGGGAAAUUCUGGUGGCCCUGCUUGUGUAAGCAGUGCUGGGGAAUUGCAAAGUGUGUGUCCUGCAGUCCAGGCUAGACUUCUUGUUCACUUUCCCAAAAUGCUUUCUGCUAGGAAGGGCUCUUUGGAUCACAACACAGGGUGUGUUAACAGGGUCAACAUUUAGACCACACCACAGAGGUGUAGCACUUCAUCACUUCGGGCCAGGUAAAUGUCAACAUUUGGGCUAAUUGAAAAAUAAAAAACCCCAAACCCUAGUAGGCCCUGUUCCUUAACUCUAUCAACUCUUUGUUAGGAAAAAACAGAAUUGCAACGUUCUUACCUCUUACUGUUUGUUCUGUAUCUGGUUUUAGCAGUUGCAGUGACAGUGCUUUGUCUUCUGUCACCCACUUGGCCCUGGCAACAUAAGGAGACCAGUCUUGGGCCUCUACCAAGGGGCUCCCUUUCCAGCUCAGUGCAUGUUUUGCUCCAAGAUAAGCACAUGUCCAAGGGGGCAGCUACAGCUAAGCAGAACCAGCCUCUGCUAUCAGCUCCUGCAGGUGUUUGGUGGCUGCUGGGCAGCAAGGUGAGAAUUGACUGGCUUCAACACACUUCCCUGUCAUAUCUCCACUGUGAUGUAUGUAAAGUAUCUUGUACGUUACAAAAGGAUUUUAAAAAGUGUCUUAAGGCCUGUAAACUCCGCUCUUUGGUCUGAAGAUGGCAUUCUGUAAAGAGACUGCUGUAUGAAUAUCUUCCCAUGCUUUGUCCCCUAUGCUAUCAACCAACCAUAUCUGUUCUGUAUGUAAUAAAUGUGUUAACAUCA